AUGGGACAAUUAUUGCAAAGGUUUCUGCUGUUUUUGGUAGUUUCAAAUCUUUGUCACUGCAUUGGCGUGAGAAGAAGGGGAAAUGGUCUUUCAAACGUUGAGAUAUCCACUGAAAUAAUAGCCUCUGUUCGCUUCGGCCAGACUAAACUGGCGGUGUGGCAGGACGCUGUGAAACCAGAGAAGUUCUAUGUCCUCCCAUUGGGUCAUUUGAAGCCAGAGACAGCCGAGGCUUCAUAUAAUAUGCUUACCAAGAUCUGGUCUCUCAUUUUUAGCGUGCAAUUGUGGUCAGAGGAAGCUCAAAAAGUCGUGUUUGAGCGCCUGAAAAAAGAUGGAAAAUCGGUUAAAAAAGACAACAUCCAGAUGAUGCCUAUCGAUUCAAUUCGUCUUAUUGACUCGUGGGAUGAAAUCGUCGAAGAGUUCAGUAUUUCAUCUAGCUGGAAAACGAACAGCAACCAGCCGGACGAGAUGGACUUCCAAAUGGAUUGUGCGGACGAAGCCUCGUGCCAGGAGCUGCAACAGUCGAUGAAACAUCACCCGGAAUUGUUCCAGAAUAUGGAGCUUCAGUUCAGAAUGCUGACGCAGAAUACAGCCGGAAGAAAAAUGGUGGUCACUGGCUCUGACAUACAGAGUGGUGAAUUGUUCACCAAACUGAAAAACAUGCCAGGCGCCGAAGGAGAUGAAAGGUUUUUGUCAUCGGAGGACAUGAAACAGCUGACAGCUGAGUCGGUGAGUGUUGCAAGUGCCUCUGUGAGAGUGGACGCCAACUACCAGUAUAGUGAAGGUGACACCGUCCAACUGACUGAGAGUUUGGAAAAGGUACUGACAAAAAAUAAAGUGAAGAGUGACCAGUUCGAGUCCAUCAAGUGGGAUUCUGUGUUCUGGAAUGACGAUUGGUCCCGACCAGAUAAGAUCACACAGGAGUUGAACACAAUCUACUCAUUGGACAAGGACCACAAAGACCACCUGAAGGUUGACGAAGACGCCUACUCAGCGUACGUUAAAACAAGUGCGGGAGGCUCUUUUGCCGGGUUUUCGGCAAGUAUGGAGGCCGAAACAGGAGCAUCCUACGAGACAAAAACUACAGUACAGGAUGUAGUGGACACUCUUGAGGAAAACAAGCUUAACUCGGAAUGGGACGGGGAGAAGUUUGUGGAGAAGCCUCUCGACUUGUACCGAAUGAACCUCAACGAUUACAAGACCACUUCGACCAUAGAAGCACUCGAUGUUCAAGUUCAAGAAAUUGUGGGGGAGUAUACGAUUCCUCUCACGGUUCCAAAGAAGGACGACAACAGAGAGUCAGCUCUCACUUUGUUCAUGGUGAGACAGCGAGUAGAGGUGGCUCUUGAAAACUUGAAGAAAGAAGUCUCUAAAAACAACACAGUGUUGUCUGAUUUGGAAGUAAAAAGGGCAAACGAAGUUAAAGACAGCGUAAAAACUCUUAUCGAGAACCCGACUUGGCCUACUGGUGCAUACUGCAUAUUUCAAAGUCCAAAAAAAGUCUCCCUUACCACUGGCUAUAAUGCGUCUGAGUCAUGUCCUGAUGGAUUCGAUCGCGAAGUCGGAGGUUUCCACGUGAAAGGAUCCCCGAAAGCCGACGAUGACGAUUACAACCACAUAGACUUUCUCACAGGUGGAUCCAAAUCAACUAAGAUGUCAAUUCGAACAUGCUGCAAGUGGAUGAAAUCAGAGUGA